AUGGAGAUGGUGAAGAGUCUGUACAAGCGUGUGGUUUCUGUGAAGAUCCGGGCGUACGUGAGGGACUACUGCAGAAGGAACGGACUGCUGACGCUCUCCGUGUUCGCUGUCCUCACUGGCUGUGUCCUGGGAUUCACACUGAGGACAUUCAACCUGUCCACACAGGCCAAGAUCUACUUCUCUUUCCCCGGAGAGCUACUGAUGAGGAUGUUGAAGAUGCUGAUUCUGCCCCUCAUCACCUCCAGUUUGAUGUCGGGCCUGUCAGCCAUGGACACGAAGGCGAGCGGCCGGCUGGGAGUCCUAACCAUCACCUACUACCUGUGGACGACCUUCAUCGCCGUCAUCGUAGGCAUCGUGCUGGUGCUGAUCAUUCACCCGGGAGCAGGGGCGGAGAAAGAGAGCCACCACGGAGGCACCGGGCCCGUCAUGACCUCGGCUGACGCUCUGCUCGACCUCAUCAGGAACAUGAUCCCUUCAAAUCUAAUUGAAGCUACUUUCCAGCAGUACCGGACAGAUUUGGUGCAAACCGUGCAGAGCUCCAAUGAAAAAGAGUCUCAGGCCAACUUUGUGUACGUCAUGCCCGACUACCACAACCCUCAGCUGGGCCACCCAGUGUUCCUGGAGAUCACUCCUGCACCCGACAUCAAGUACAAAAUCGUCCCCAGCACGAGCAAAGGCAUGAACGUGUUGGGGAUCGUCAUCUUCUCAGCCACCAUGGGCCUGCUGCUGGGGAAGAUGGGGGAACGUGGGUUACCGCUGGUCAACGUGUGUCAGUGCAUAAACGAGUGUGUGAUGAAGAUCAUCAACGCUGCUAUGUGGUACUUUCCAUUUGGUAUUGUAUUCCUGGUUGCUGGAAAGAUCCUGGACAUGCAAGACCCGGCCCACCUCGGAGAGAAGCUCGGCAUGUACUUCAUCACCGUUCUGUGUGGUCUGCUCGUGCACGGCCUCAUCUUGCUGCCUCUAUUCUACUUCUUCUUCACCCACAAAAAUCCCUUCCCCUUCAUCAGAGGGCUGCUGCAGGCUCUUGUCAUUGCGCUGGCAACUUCAUCCAGCUCAGCCACGUUGCCAAUAACUAUGAAAUGUCUUCUGGAGAACUGUGGGGUGGACCGGCAGAUAGCUCGCUUUGUCCUGCCGGUGGGAGCCACCAUCAACAUGGACGGGACCGCCCUGUAUGAGGCAGUGGCUGCCAUCUUUAUAGCUCAGAUCAAUGAGUAUGACUUGGACUUUGGCCAGCUGGUCACCAUCAGUAUAACGGCAACUGCAGCAAGCAUCGGGGCAGCUGGGAUACCUCAGGCAGGUUUGGUAACCAUGGUGAUUGUCCUGACCUCUGUUGGUCUACCCCCUGCUGACAUCUCCCUGAUUGUAGCCAUCGACUGGGUUCUUGAUCGGUUCCGGACUAUGAUCAAUGUUCUGGGUGAUGCUUUAGCAGCUGGAAUUAUGGCUCAUAUUUGUAAAAAAGACUUUGACAAAGCAGCCGCUGCUACUGCUGCCACUUCUAGUGGCCCCUCUUUGUCUAAGGAUAUAAGAGACACAGUAAUCUCCUUUGGCAAUCAGAGCGUGGCCCUGUCUGACGCUCCUCUGAUCGCGCACCGCUGCGAUUACGUGUUUGAAGUGGACGGAGACAAUGUGCUGGAGAAACCCUUGCCCUGCUAUAAUCUCUGCCAAGUGUGA